AUGAACUUCAUCAGUGUGUUGUCCUGCCUCAGCCUGCUGCUGGCAGCUGCUGCCACUCAGGAUCCAAAACCCUGCGUUUCACCACCACUGAUGAGUGGAGGUCUUUCUGUGAUGGCUGGCAACGGACUCUUCAUGUCAACAGGAACAAUAAGCUACGAUGCUUUCGGACAGAGGAUGCGUGUUAGAAACUAUGGACUUAGCGGCAAUCAGACCACUGGUAUGGACCAGCUGAUGCUUUUCAGCCAGAAAAUCUAUUAUGAAAUCGACUGGAGCAAAUUGUCUUGCAAGAAGAGGGAGCUCGAUACUUCCUUCAUUCCCAUGCACGUGCCCUCUGAUGCUAAACUCAUGGGUCAGGUGUUCCUGGGCUCCUCCUCCUCCUGGGGAAUGGGUGUGCUAGCCAACACCUGGUAUGGAGAGCUGCCACACAACGGCAUGUACACCACUGUCUUCACUGAGAUUGGCUGCAUCCCAAUGACCUACACCAGCUACACUCCAGAAUCUGGAUGGAUGACCAUCAGUACCUUCAACUGGGUCUUGGGCAACUCAAACCCCAUGGACUACAUCCCACCUUUCUUUUGUGCCAAGUCUGAACUGGAGAAGACAGAGACACCAGAAACCAUCUUCACUGCCUUGGAGUCUCUGGCCAUGAAGACCAAGAAAGAGGAGUAA